AUGAAGGCUUUAUCGAAUACAGUUCGAUCAUGGGAAUAUACAAAUCCUUUGAUUCUUAUGUGCUGUUUUGGUCUCAUCUUAUUUCUGCUUGGAUCUACAAUUGUACUUUCACUAAUUCCAACUUAUUUACCAACUCGAUCGUUCUAUGAAGCUUUAUCACCGACUAGUAAACCACAAAAUAUUUUACUUCAAUUAUCUUCAAAUACUAAUCUGCUAUCCGGAACUACACUUGAUAUUUCAAAUCAAAAUAUGGUUCAAAAUCAGAUGCAAAAAGCUUUAUCAAGUGAUCAAACAGCUUUUGGUUCAUCAACUAUUCGUAUUGUCAAUGCUACGGUCACAACAUUUUCACGAAGAAAACGACGUCAAACAAAUACUGCAAAUAAUGGAUUAAAUGUGAUUUAUGAAUUAGUAUUUCAUAGAACAUGUACAAUUAGAUGUCAAAUUAAAAUACUUAUUUUAGCUCGUACUAAAUUUGUAUCAUUAUUAAUUACUCUACAAAGUAGUACAUCGCCUAUCUCUGAUGAUGAAAUAACAGGCGAUAUUACAAAAAUAUCGGAAUAUUGGGCUAAUAUUCGUUCAUACAAAGAUAAUGUACCUACAGUCUUUGGUGUGUUAGAUACAGGUUUACCUGAUGAAUGUCAAGUCGAACAAGUUCAUAUAUUACAUCGACAUGGUUCUCGUUAUCCUACAUCAGCUGCAUUCGAUGGUGAAAAUAUUCAAAACUUUGCGACAAAAAUUCUUUCUACUAAUCGUAAUAGUUUUCAAGGUCAACUUUCAUUUCUUAAAACUUGGUCGUUACAAUUAGGCGAAGAACUACUUGUACCAAGUGGUGCUGCUGAUGGAUAUAAAUCUGGAGUAAAUUUUUGGAAUGAAUAUGGACGUAUUUUAUACAAUGCUCAACCUGGUCAACCCUAUUACAAUGCAACUAAUCAAAUAAAACCCCUAGUACGUACUAGCAACGUACAACGAAAUUACGAAACUGUACUUGCUUGGACUUCAGGAUUUUUUGGUCCAUAUAAUACAACAGAUAAAUAUUCACUUCUAAAGCUUUCUUACGAUGAUGGAGGUAAUAAUACGCUCAAUGGUGCACUUGCUUGCCGUAAUUUAUAUAUACCAUCAGAUAUUAACCUCGAUGCAGAUGAUCUGUAUGCUUAUCUUGCUCCAGUUCUCGCCAAUGCAGCAAAUCGUUUUUCUUCUUAUACAAAUUGA